UCUUCACUCACACUCUCGCUCAGCAGAGAUUCAGAGGUGGAGAGCAAAGCAUCUCACUGAGAAGAAAAAAAACAGGGGGGAAGGGAAACAGAUUUCCAUCCUCUCUCACCAGGAAAGAGACAUAUACAAGAGAUAAGAUGGAGAGGAUGCAGGGAGAGGCAGAGGGGGACCACCUGGAGAGACCAAGCCCACUGACUGACAAGGAGAAGGUGAUGAUCCAGGACUCCUGGGCAAAAGUCUACGAGAACUGCGAUGACGCCGGGGUGGCCAUACUCGUCAGGCUGUUUGUGAACUUCCCCUCAUCCAGGCAGUACUUCAGCCAGUUCAAGCACAUCGAGGAACCGGAGGAGCUGGAGAGGAGUGCACAGCUCAGGAAGCAUGCAAACAGAGUUAUGAAUGGCCUCAACACGCUGGUGGAGAACCUCGACAACUCAGAGAAAGUGGCUUCGGUGCUGAAGCUGCUGGGCAAGGCUCACGCACUCCGACACAAGGUGGAGCCUGUGUACUUUAAGAUCCUGAGCGGUGUGAUACUGGAGGUCCUUGGAGAGGCCUUCUCAGAGGUUGUGACACCAGAGGUGGCCGCGGCCUGGACCAAACUCUUGGCUACAAUGUACUGCGGCAUCAAUGCCGUCUAUGAGGAAGUGGGCUGGUCUAAGCACUCAAGCUCAAGUGGGUGAAGCUUUUGGUCUGGGUUUAUUGGACAAGAAAUUUCACAUUUUUGGGCCACGGCUCAUGAUAGAGGGAGGAAUUGACUAUACUGACCAUUAAUGGGAAGCUUUGUAUCUGGGGAAUACAGUUUAAUCUAUUAUAAUCGUGGGUUAUGCGACAUACACUUUAAAUGAGUACUGGUACUGUGCCCUUUUGAUAGCUAAGAGAGACGUAGAAAUUAAAUCUCUCCUCGUUGUUUUUUAUACUCUUGUAAAGGACCAAAUUAUUAAGGAUAGAGGGAAAGUAAAUGCAAACAGUGGACAAGAGGAAGAGGUCACAUUUGACUUGGAUGUGCCUUCUACUGAAUGUGUAUAUCUAAAAAACUGCCAUGUAAAUACUGUUAUUUCUAAAUCUCAUGUGACGUUUCCUUCGAUUAGUCCGUGCCCACUUGUGUUCACUUAAUGAGGUAUUAGGAAGACAUUUAUACAUUUUCUAACAGUUAAUUGUGAUGAUUGUACAUUUUUUUCAUUACGGCUCACCUUUGUAUCUGUAUUUAACAAUAUUUUGAAAUAAAAGAAAACCAUGAGACCUUA